UGAGGAUCGAGGAGGAGCUGGGCGACGCUGCGGUGUACGCUGGCCUCAAGUUCGCCUGACUUCCAUCAAAGUGUAAUCAUGUUGUACACAGUACACUGUUCUCCAUCGGCGUCGACUCCCAAGGUCUGGUUCGGUUCGGUCCGCCCCUUUCGAUGCUCCCCAUUCAUCUGUUUAGCCUCAAAGAUUUGCAAUUUAUUCGUUCGUUUCCAAGCAUCGGCAGCAGCUGGCAUGACGAGCACUGCACAAGGUCCCUGCUGCCUGCUGACUGUCAAUGGCUCCCUUCCCUGCUGCAGGUCGUAGUUGAAAUAGACCCACAAGACAGAAAUCAGCUCCGGAUUAGUCCUUCCGAAGCUGAGUUAUUUUACAUCAGUUUACCCCCUUUUAGCAGCUGCCAUUUUUUUCGGAGGAGAAAUUCAUUCUCAGAUCACAAGAACCACAGAACCACAGAACACCAAGGGUAGCAGAUUCUCGCUACUCCUACUUCAAGAAU